AUGCUCCAUUCGUUAUCACAUGAUAUCACUGUGUUAUUCUUGAUGAUGCUUGUUUUCAUACAAGUUGAUGAUACAAAACAGGGGCUAAAUGAUUUGAAAAUGGCUGAGAACACUUUAAAAAGCCUAAUAGAUAUUUUACGGAUAGACGAAUUGGAUCUACGCAAUGCUAAGGAAGACAUAAAGAAACAAAUAGAUAAACUUGUUGGAAUACUUCCAAAUCAAAGAGAAGUAUACACUGAAUAUGUCAAUUGUUUAGAUUUUUUAACAAAACUUACUUUCACAAGUAAUGUUGUACGAGGUUUGGAUCAAUUAGUUGAAUUAGUGGAAAACAAAUACAGCGUCAAAGUUUCAAAAUCUUCAACAUUCUAUCAAUGUUUUGUCGAGAAAAAAUCCGCCACUAACGCAUUGGCGUCUGAGAACGACAAAAAGUCUUGUAAAAGCCCCGAACCAAGAGAUCACUUUGAUAUUGCGUCUUUAACUAUUAUGGCUGUAAAAAGAAUACAGAUUUUGGGUCGUUACAACGAACAUUUAUUCGAACAUGGACUUAUAUUUGAUUUUGUCAAGAAAACUAAACAGAGUAAACCAAAAUUGGUGAAGAGAUUCCAUAACACUUUCAAAGGACCCAGGUGUAUAAAACAUGAAAUGUAA